GGCAGUUCGAGGGAGAGCAUAAAAAAGGGUUGCAGCGCGCCACAAUUCAACACUCUUCAACGUGAUUUCGUGGUGGACGUGUCGUCGAGGAUUCUCUCCUUUUCCUUUAUUCGUCUCCGAUUGUCAAAUAAAAGAUUGCGAGUACACUAGUGCUUUAAUAGCGUGUAACCGACGUCUUCGUUGAGUUUUCCAUCAAAUUCAAUUUAAUAAAACCUCGAAAUAUGCCCGAGGACGUGAGCAUGGCGGAAACCGGCGAUGUGGAGACCUUCGCCUUCCAGGCCGAGAUCGCUCAGUUGAUGAGCCUGAUCAUCAACACGUUCUACUCGAACAAGGAAAUCUUCAUCCGAGAAUUGAUCUCCAACUCGUCCGAUGCAUUGGACAAGAUACGAUAUGAAUCUCUCACGGAUCCAUCCAAGCUGGAUACGUGCAAGGAAUUGUUCAUCAAGAUUGUACCAAAUAAGAAUGAUCGUACCCUGACAAUUCUUGAUUCUGGCAUUGGUAUGACCAAGGCUGAUCUCGUAAAUAAUCUGGGUACCAUUGCCAAGUCUGGCACUAAGGCAUUCAUGGAAGCUUUGCAGGCAGGUGCUGAUAUUUCCAUGAUUGGACAGUUUGGUGUAGGCUUUUACUCCGCAUACCUUGUGGCUGACAAAGUCACUGUAAUCUCAAAGCAUAACGAUGAUGAGCAAUACUUGUGGGAGUCUUCUGCUGGAGGUUCGUUCACAGUCCGCCCUGAUAAUGGCGAACCAAUCGGACGAGGCACAAAGAUCAUCUUGCACAUCAAAGAAGAUCAGACUGAAUAUUUGGAGGAAUCGAAAAUCAAGGAGAUUGUUAAGAAGCAUUCUCAGUUUAUCGGCUAUCCCAUCAAGCUCGUUGUAGAGAAGGAACGUGAUAAGGAACUGAGCGAAGAUGAAGAAGAAGAACCUGCAAAGGAAGAGGGCGAGACUGAAGAUGAUAAACCAAAGAUUGAGGAUGUCGGCGAGGAUGAGGAAGAAGAUAAACCCAAAGAUGAGAAGAAAAAGAAGAAGAAGACCAUCAAAGAAAAGUAUACCGAAGAUGAGGAAUUAAACAAGACGAAACCGAUUUGGACGAGAAAUCCAGAUGAUAUUACUCAGGAAGAAUAUGGCGAAUUCUACAAGAGCUUGACCAAUGAUUGGGAAGAUCACUUAGCUGUGAAACACUUCUCUGUAGAAGGGCAGUUGGAGUUCAGAGCUCUGUUAUUUAUCCCACGUCGGGCGCCAUUCGAUCUGUUUGAGAACAAGAAGAGGAAGAACAACAUCAAACUGUAUGUACGACGUGUCUUCAUCAUGGACAACUGCGAGGACCUGAUUCCUGAAUAUCUGAACUUCAUCAAGGGUGUCGUAGACAGCGAAGAUCUUCCUCUGAAUAUCUCUCGAGAGAUGUUGCAACAGAAUAAGAUCCUGAAAGUUAUCAGGAAAAAUCUCGUCAAGAAAUGCCUGGAGCUCUUUGAAGAAUUAGCAGAAGAUAAGGAAAACUACAAGAAGUGCUAUGAGCAAUUCAGCAAGAAUUUAAAACUAGGUAUUCAUGAAGAUAGUCAGAAUAGGAAGAAGCUCUCAGAAUUGUUGCGCUACCACACUUCUGCAUCUGGUGACGAAAUGUGCUCGCUUAAAGAUUAUGUUGGUAGAAUGAAGGAAAGCCAGAAGCACAUUUACUACAUCACCGGUGAAAGCAGGGAGCAAGUCGCCAACAGCUCAUUCGUGGAACGCGUAAAGAAGCGCGGUUUCGAGGUCGUUUACAUGACUGAACCCAUUGACGAGUACGUCGUUCAGCAACUGAAGGAAUUCGAUGGAAAGCAGUUGGUAUCCGUUACGAAGGAGGGCUUGGAAUUGCCCGAGGAUGAGGAAGAGAAGAAAAAGCGCGAGGAAGACAAGGCCAAGUUCGAGAAUCUUUGCAAAGUUAUGAAGGAUAUCUUGGACAAAAAGGUGGAGAAGGUGGUUGUGUCCAACAGACUGGUCGAUUCACCUUGCUGUAUCGUCACAUCACAGUAUGGCUGGACGGCGAAUAUGGAAAGAAUCAUGAAGGCCCAAGCCCUUCGAGACACAUCCACUAUGGGAUACAUGGCUGCGAAAAAACAUUUAGAAAUCAAUCCCGAUCAUCCCAUCAUGGAGAAUUUGAGACAAAAAGCCGAAGCAGAUAAGCACGAUAAGUCUGUUAAAGAUCUAGUCAUGUUGUUGUUCGAAACUGCCCUCUUGUCGUCUGGUUUUGCACUCGAAGAUCCUCAAGUGCACGCGUCCAGAAUCUACAGGAUGAUCAAACUCGGCUUGGGCUUCGAUGACGAGGAUACGCCGAAUCCUGAAGAUGAGAAGAUGGACACGGAAGUGCCAUUGUUGGAGGGUGAUGCAGAGGAGGCGUCGAGAAUGGAGGAAGUAGAUUAAGACUUUUAAUUAAAUUUUUAUUUAGAUUCAUUGAUAAGACAUUACAAAAGUAUUUAGCGAUUUUUUUUACUUACAAGUAGUUAGAUGGAGAUAUUUGCAACUUUUAAUUAUCCUCCAUAUAGAAUUCUAAAAAUAUAUGUAAAUUCUAAAAACAGAUGUAAUCUUAAAAAU